AUGACACUGGUGGACAAGCUUUUGCUCAGAAAUAUUGAAUACAAGGGCACCGCGUACGACUACUUUCCCAAGGUCUACAAUGUGUACCUGGUGGCGGUUGUUGCGUGCAUCUCGGGGAUGAUGUUUGGCUUUGAUAUCUCGUCGAUGUCUUCGAUGCAGGACUUUGAGCCCUACAAGGACUACUUUAAACAUCCAAACGAACUGACGCAGGGCGGUAUCACGGCCUCGAUGGCUGCUGGUUCCCUGUUAGGAUCCAUCCUUUCGCCCGGUAUCUCGGACGCUUUUGGUCGUCGGGUGUCAUUGCACAUGUGUUCCAGUCUGUGGAUUAUUGGCGCGGUGCUGCAAACUGCAGCGCAGAACCAGGCGAUGCUUUUUGUGGGGCGCAUUGUUGCGGGGCUUGGUGUUGGCUUCGGGUCAUCGGUCGCGCCAGUGUACACUGCUGAGGUGUCUCCGCCAAAGAUCAGAGGUGCUGUGGGAGGUUUGUUCCAGCUGUCGGUCACGGUCGGGAUCUUGGUCAUGUUCCUGAUCGGGUACGGAUCUGUGUCGUUGAAUUCGGUGGCGUCCUUCCGUGUGGCGUGGUCAAUGCAACUCGUGCCAGGCGUGGUGUUGCUGUUGGCCACAUUCCUGCUUCCUGAGUCACCUCGGUGGCUAGCUAACCAUGGCCGGUGGGAUGAGACCACUCUUGUUGUCGAGAAAGUCGGGCGCAGUGUCAAUGUCAGCGAUGAAGAGCUGCGCAUACACAUCAACGAGAUCCGCGAGCGCGUGGCCCUGGAUGAAAUGGCCCGCGAUUUCACUUACGCCGACCUGUUCCGCCGCAAGACACAACGCAAGAUUUUCAUUGGUAUGGCUGCGCAGAUGUGGCAGCAACUCUGUGGUAUGAAUGUGAUGAUGUACUAUAUUGUCCAUGUGUUCAAAAUGGCUGGAUUCUCGGGCAAUCAGAACCUGGUCUCUUCGAUAGUGCAGUAUGUGCUAAACGUGGGCAUGACCAUCCCCUCUCUAUUUUUGGUUGAUCGUGCAGGGCGCCGGCCUGUCUUGAUCAUCGGAGGUGUGUUGAUGUUCACCUGGCUUUACGCUGUGGCCGGAAUUCUUGCCACUUAUUCUGUUCCUCGCCCUAAUGGUGUGGAAGGCAACACCACUGUUCGGAUUGAGAUUCCGCCCGAGAGGAGCUCCGCGGCCAAAGCUGUCAUUGUCUGUUCUUAUCUGUUCGUGUGUUCCUUUGCUCCUACCUGGGGUAUCGGUAUCUGGGUGUACUGCGCAGAGAUUUUCAAUAACAUUGAGCGUGCCCGCGGUUCGGCUCUGUGUACCUCUGUCAACUGGGCCUUCAACUUUGCCCUUGCCAUGUUUGUGCCAACGGCGUUUAAGAAUAUCACUUGGAGGACAUACAUUAUUUUUGGCACAUUCUCUGUCGCGCUGACGAUCCACGCAUUCCUGUCGUUCCCUGAAACAAAGGGUAAGACUCUAGAGGAAAUUGACGAAAUGUGGGACGCCCAUAUUCCGGCCUGGCGCACCGCCAGUUACAAGCCCGAGCUUGCCCAAAUGGCAGCGCCAAAACUUUCUUCAGGCAGCAUUUCCGACGCCACAGGCGGGCUUCACGAGAAAAAGGCGGCUGCCGGCAGCCCUGGUGCCAGUGCUGGCUCUUCCUAG